AUGCCCAACUCCGAUUCUAACGCCGACGAGGCGCUGGCGGCCAUGGGAUACAAGAGCGAGUUGCCCAGAAAGCUCAGCAUGCUCAGUGUCCUUGGCCUGUCGUUUGCCAUAAUGGCCGCUCCCUACGGGCUCUCGACGACUCUCUAUAUCACCCUAGAUGACGGUCUGUCUGUUACUAUUAUCUGGGGCUGGGUCUUCGUCACCCUUAUAUCCAUCGCCAUUGCGGCGUCACUCGCCGAGAUCUGUGCAGUAUAUCCGACCGCCGGCGGUGUGUACUACUGGAGUGCCAUGCUGUCAACUCGACGCUGGGCGCCGCUAAUGUCCUUUAUCGACGGGUGGCUAACGCUCGUGGGUAACUGGACUGUGACACUCAGCAUUAUUUUCGGGGGCGGGCAGAUGAUUCUCAGCGCAAUUAGUCUCUGGGACGAAGACUUUGUCGCAAACGAAUGGCAGACUGUGCUUAUGUUCUGGGCCGUGCUACUGGUCUGUGCGUUGGUCAAUGUCUUCUUUUCGUCCUAUCUCGACUUGAUCAAUAAAAUCUGCAUUUUCUGGACCGCCGCUAGUGUCCUCAUCAUCCUCGUUACCCUCUUGAGUAUGGCCGACGACCUGCAAAGCGGCAGGUUUGUUUUCGCAGAAUAUGACACGUCGAACAGUGGGUGGCCGGAAGGCUGGGCCUUCUUCGUGGGUUUGCUGCAGGCGGCGUAUACACUCACGGGGUACGGGAUGGUGGCCGCAAUGUGUGAGGAAGUUCAGAACCCACACCGCGAGGUUCCCAAGGCCAUUGUGCUAUCUGUCAUUGCGGCUGGGAUUACAGGACUGGCUUACCUGAUUCCAGUGCUCUUCGUCCUGCCAAAGCAACUGGAUAUUCUACGCAAUGUUGCCAGCGGACAGCCGAUUGGAACUGUUUUCAAGAUGGCAACGGGGUCCGCGGGCGGCGGCUUUGGUCUGCUGUUUCUGAUCCUGGGAAUCAUGAUAUUCGCGGGUAUUGGGUCAUUAACAGCUGCUAGUCGCUGCACGUAUGCCUUUGCGCGGGAUGGUGCUAUCCCGGGCUUCAAGUUAUGGCGCCGGGUGAAUAAGAAGCUAGAUGUGCCCGUAUGGGCUGUUAUUCUGUCUGCUUCUGUUGAUGCGCUCCUAGGCCUGAUUUAUUUUGGCUCCACUGCGGCUUUUAACUCCUUUACCGGUGUUGCUACCAUCUGCCUAUCCAUAUCAUAUGGCUUGCCUAUCAUGAUAUCCCUUAUACGAGGUCGCCAGGAUGUCAAACGCUCUUCAUUCUCCCUGGGCCCGCUAGGAUAUAUUGUUAAUAUGAUCAGCAUCUGCUGGAUCCUCUUAGCAGUGGUGCUCUUCAGCAUGCCAUAUACUCUGCCUGUGACCCCUUCGUCCAUGAACUAUGCCAGCGUGGUGUUCGCCGCGUUUGCAUUGAUCAGUAUCAUCUGGUACUUCGUCUACGCCCGCAAGCACUUUACCGGUCCGCCGGUGAACAAGGAGCAAGCGAUUCCAACCACGGGCGUUAUGACGGGCACCGCGGUGGAUCCUGAGUACGAGCUAUCGGAGACAGAAAUGAAGAAGAUAUCCAUGUAG